UUGCGUAAUAGAAAAUAGUUUGGCCAAUUAGCACUGUAAUGAAAUACUCAUGUGAAUGGACUGCCUGCAGGGUGACAAACAGAUGACAAAAUUACAAAUGCAUUUCUUCUCUCACAUCCUGGUGUGAUGGAUGGGGUCAGUCCCGGCCACGACUCUGGUGCUGUGACCUUUGUGUGGACCGGAGCUUCAUAAUGUUUGCAGAAAACGAAAGAAGGAGUGAUCCUGAUCACCGAUUGGCUGACAAGGCUCAGCAACUGACAGCCCAACAGCCGUAGAUAUCACACACCUGUCAGACUCUGUCUCUGAAAACAGCUCUGGGGAUGGGCCGGCUACCAAUUAAACUCUGAAACUCAUUGGCCCACGGUCAUCAAUGUCUUUCUUAUUAUUAACGCGGAGAUUAAAUAAAAAUACACAAGUUUUAUUACUGGAUACUGAAAAAGCAUCAAAUCAAACUGAAAAAUCCUCCAAAUAUAAUAUCUAAUAAAAAAAAGAGCAAAAUAAAUCCUGAAUUCAUUACAUCCUUCUUAAUCAGCUGCUGAGUAGUGAAAUCUCACCAGUUGUAACUGUCUUUCAACAGUUUAUUUCACGGUUGUUUCAGAAUCUUUAGGAUUUGCCAACACGUUGAUAAAUCACACAAGUACUGUGAGUUUUAAAGUCUUGGCUCUUGAGUCAGCACUCCCACCCAGUUAGUAUAAGAGGUGUUUGCAUGGAGAACAAGGCUGAGACAAAGACUGAGCAGCUCUGGGACUGAGCGAGGGUGGGUUCACACUCCGGAAACGGGCUGAUUUACAGGAGUAAGACGCUACAGCUGCUCCAGGUUCCUUUUGGACCACAGUAAAGAGCAUGCUAUUGACAGGAAAGCACCCCUACAGAGGACCCAACUCAAGUCGGAUUUUCACAUAAUUGCCCCUGGUUAUGAAAAUCUGCCCCCUAAGACUGAAACGGCAGGGGGUAAGAUGUUUGUGGAGUCAGUUGUCCGAUGGGGGUUGUGGAGCAUUCUGUUCCAGUUUGGACAGGGUGUAUCUGCAGGAAGCUGUCCUCCACGCUGUGUGUGUCGACCUGAAGCGAAGGAAAUUAUCUGCUCUGGCAAAAAUGUGAAUUCUGUGCCAGAGGGCUUUUCCAGCGAUGUGAGGCGUUUGGAUUUAUCACGCAAUAGGAUUAAAACUGUUGGACGCCGUCAGUUCUCUGGCCUCCUACAACUUCAAGAGUUGAAUCUCAGUGAUAAUUCAAUCUCCAUGAUUGAAGUAGAAGCAUUUUUGGGCCUCAAGAAUCUCAGGACACUUCUACUUAAGAAUAAUCGUUUGAAGAUCCUCCCAGUUGGGGUAUUUUCUGGGCUGUCUAGUCUGCGCUUUUUGGAUUUGAGCCAGAAUGAGAUUCUGGUCUUCCUGGACUACACAUUCAAGGAAAUGUUCAACCUUCAAACACUGGAAGCUGAGGAGAAUGACCUUGUCUUCAUCUCCCAACGUGCAUUCUUUGGUCUGCAGAACCUACAAGAACUAUGCUUGGAUCGUAGUAACCUGACCUCCAUUCCCACUGAGGCACUGUCCCAACUCCAGAGCCUGACAAAGCUUCGCAUGCUCCGCCUAACCAUUUCUACACUGCCCAACAAUGCUUUCCGAAGACUCCAACGUUUGCAGAGCCUUGUGAUCUCAAACUGGCCAGCAUUGGACACUAUGGCUGGCAACAGUCUGAUUGGUCUUAAUUUGACCUCACUUGUUAUUAGUAGUUGUAACUUAAGUGCAAUUCCUUAUGCAGCACUUCGUCAUCUGGUCUAUCUGCGCUUUCUAGACUUGUCGUACAACCCCAUCACUGUUAUCCAAGGUAACCUGCUCGGGGAUCUCCUUAGACUCCAGGAGCUACACCUAGCGGGAGGAAGUCUGCUAAAAAUAGAAGCAGGAGCAUUCAGGGGGCUGUCCUUCUUUCGCAUGCUCAAUGUAACAUCGAAUCAACUCACCACUUUGGAGGAGAGUGCGUUCCACUCUUUGGGGAACCUUCAGGUGUUACGAUUAGAUGGGAAUCCUCUCGCGUGUGACUGCCGACUUCUCUGGGUGGUCCGCCGCAGGUUGCGCUUGAACUUUGAUGGACAUCAGCCAACCUGUUCCUCCCCCAGUGCAGUGAGACAAAGGGAAUUCAGGGACUUCUCAGAGAAGGAGCUCCCCAGAGUUUUUACCUGCCGUCCUGCUCGUAUCAUGGACCGCAGGCCUCAGGAGGCAAGAGUGGAAGAGGGUACCACUGUGCUUUUCUCCUGUAAGGCUGAUGGGGAUCCUAUACCAGCCAUUACCUGGAUUUCUUCAACUAGGAAUGUAAUCAGCCCCACAGGACGAAUUCGAGUUUUGCCCAACGGUACUCUAGAAGUUCGUUUUGCUCAAGUACAGGACAGCGGCGCAUAUCAGUGCCUAGCAGGCAACGCAGCUGGCAAUGAGAGCUUGACCGUUGGUCUGUACGUGAAAGGUGUUUCACGAAACAGAUCCAUCCCCUUUUUCACAGAGGAGGGUUGGGUUGAGCCUUCAAAUCCUCAGACUGCUAACUCCUCAGCUCAGAUGGCCAAGCCUUUCCCAUUUGAUGCAAAGACCCUGAUAAUCGCCACCACCAUGGGUUUCCUGUCUUUCCUCAGCUCGGUGGCCAUCUGCUUUGUCUUCAUGUUUUUCUGGAGCCAGAGCAAAGGCCAGAUCAAGCACACUGCAACCAUUGACUUUGUUCCUCGGUCUUCUGUGGGUGGCGGAGGAGAGGGAGGUGAUGGUGGCAGGUUCACAAUGAAGCUUAUCUGAGGUGAUGUAGAGGGCGGAGGAUGUCUUAAAACUGGCUAAGAGACAUUCUGCUCGUUGGAUGUCCACUCAGAGACAAAGACCUGCCCUUGGAGAAGCCAAAUCAGAGCUUUUUAUUGAGUUUGUGCCAGGUCUCUUCUAGUUUUUUAAUCCAAGGACAUCACUGGCACCUCAUGUUGGGUUUAUAUUAGUAAAUAAUACUUUACUAUCUUUGACUAUGAAAAACUAUCAGAUGGUGGAUCUCUGGAGACUUUAAUAAGCAAAUACUUAAGUAGCACAAGUAUUUAUUUAUUUUUAUCACGCAUGCAAACAAUUCACUUUACAAUAGUUAGAAUGAGAAAUGUAUUGCAUUAAAAUGUAGAAUUUACCAGAUACUGUUUGGGUAUUAUACUAACUCUUCUUUUGUUUUUACUUAGUACAAGUAAAGUUAUGCUUUACAUCGUUGACUUUAAAAUGUGAAUAUGUGUCUCUGAAGUGUUUGACAUAAAGACUAGCCAAGUCAUUUCUCACAAUUUAACCAAACUUUUUGUUAUUUCAGAUAUAAAGUUGCUGCAUUAUGAUAAAAACAUUGUUAUUUAGAAGAAUGCACAUUAAGCAUAACGUAAAUGAGUGAGGAGCUGGCCAUAAUGUACAUAGGAAUGUAUCCUUUUCUGUUACAUAUCUUAGACACGUUUUUAAGGUUGGUUUGUCCUUUUUGUUACAUAUAAUAUAUCAGUGAUCAUUCUAGAUGACUCUUUGCAAUUACUUCAUGUUUUUUACACAAAUAAUAAAGAUUUUUUUAAAAUUUUGUACCCACACCUGAUAAAUAUGUGCCUCAGCAACAUUCUCCCCAUCGACAGACAGAAUGCUCUCCUGAUCAGUACUGUCUUGUAAACAUUAACAUCAGCGGCAGUCAACGUCCAUUUUUUAUUUAAUCAUUUUAUGCAGUUCUUGGAAUUGAGGUCGCUCUUUGGAAAAUAACCAACCCCAAAAAUAAUAAAAAGUCUACUUACUUGUGUAGAUGUACUUUUGCACCUUACAGCUUAAUGGAAUGGUUUAAAAUGAAGAGAACACAUAUUGUUACACAUUUAUUUGCUGUAAAUUCCUUCUUUUUUUUCAGUUAAUAAAUGCUGACCUGAACCUUC